AUGGUAUUCUACCUGGUGAUCGGCGCCGGCGUAAUCGGCCUGACUACCGCCCUAGAGCUUCGAGCUCAAUACCCAGGCGCAGAGAUCGUGAUCGCAGGCAAAUACCUGCCUGGUGAUGCAGCACCAGACUACGCAUCUAAUUGGGGAGGCGCUAAUUGGUUCCCCGCAUCCAUGGACAAUGGUCGUCAGGAGAAAUGGGAUGCUAUCACCUACAAUAAAUUCAAAAAACUCGCAUCGGACCGUCCCGAAUCGGGUGUGCAUGCAAUGAAGAUUCGGUUCCAUUAUGAAAGGCCGAUUGAGGAAUUGGUUGGAGGGUUGACGCCGGUCGAAGAAGGCGAUUUGCCUCCCGGUGCUGUUGUUGGGUAUGAAAUGGCGUCGUUUAUCCUUGAUGUACAACGGUAUCUUCCUUGGCUCCAGAUGGAGGCAUACUCCCUUGGCAUCGAGAUCCAUCGGCGGGGUUUCAAUGAUAUUCGAGAUACAUUUGAAUCAUAUCCAGAGGCUUCUGCGGUUUUUAAUUGCACUGGAUUAGGCUCGCUGAAGCUUGGUGGCGUUGAGGAUGAUAAAAUGUUCGCAGCAAGGGGCCAGAUUAUGCUAGUUGAAGGCCCGAAAGAGCCGAUCCCCGCGAUGUACUUCCAGGCUCCUCAUCGUGAUGCAGACGCAACCCAUAUUUUCCCACGGGGGAAGAACGGAGGGAUCAUCCUCGGAGGUUGUAGACAGAAGAACAACUGGGAUGGGGAGAUUGACUUAAAUUUUGCUGAGGUCAUUAAGAAGAAGUGCUGCACUAUUGCACCUCAGCUUGCAAAGCCGGAAGGCUUGAAGAUUCUUAAGCAUGGUGUAGGGUUACGGCCCAGGCGGGAGGGCGGUGCCAGAAUUGAAUCGGAAUACUUUGACCAAAAAUUAGUCAUUCAUAAUUACGGAGCGGGUGGGACAGGAUUCCAGGCCUCUUGGGGCAUGGCUAAAGAAGCUGUCAGUUUUAUACGGGAAACUGCUCGACUAUAA